UCACGGCCGGGCCGGAACGGCGCAGCCCCGGAACCCGCGAGCGGCUCCGCGGGCGCGGGCGGUGCCUGUGCCGCACGCACCUUCCUGCGGCCGCCGCUCCGCUGCGCUGCCCCGGCCCGGCCCGGCCAUGCCGCGCCUCCUCCUCCUCCUCCUUUUCCUCCUUUCCCUCCUCAUCCCGCACCUCGGCCGCGCCGCCGCCCCCAGCCCGGCCAACAGCACGGCGAACAGCACGGAGCUGCCGCGGACGACCGCACGGAACGAGACGCAGCCGGGGUCGGAGCAGGAGUCCGGGCCGAGGCUGUCGCUGGGCUCGGGGCUGCCGGUGCUGAGGCGGGCGGUUUAUGUGCUCAGCGCUCUGUCGGCCUUGGCCGCGCUCUACUUCGUGCUGCGGGCGUUCCGGUUGAAGAAGCCCCAGAGGAAGAAGUACGGGCUGCUGUCGAGCCAGGACGACACCAUCGAGCUGGGCUCCCUGGACAGUGACGAGGACACCGUGUUUGAGAGCCGGAGCCUGAGGCGAUGACUCGUGACCAGCAGCACUGGCUGCCCUGAAUGAUGGAGGGUCCAAUCCCAGUGGAAUCUCCAGUGCUCAAGUUUUCUAUCUGCUUACAGUGACUUAAUUAACAGUUCCAGCCCUUCCAUAGCUGAGGGCAGGGGAGAGGGGACCAAACCUGUUUUCUUCACGUGCAUUCUUGGGGACAUUUCUGGGGAAAGAUGAGAGCUGUUCACUGCAUGGGGGAAGGCUGAGGUAAGGGAGAUGCUCCUGGAUUUUCAGCACCUGAAAUCUGAUCUUGAGAGCUGCCCCUGUGCCUCAUACCCCUCUCUCCUUGCCCUGGAAGCAUCAGAUUCUUUUUCCAGGCUCAUCCUCUUUCCUUCAUGCAAUAUCAAGUUACUUCUUUGGGAAGUGUCUCUGUAAUCAGCUCCUGGGAGGAGCUGGGAGAGCUCUGGGUGUCUUUUACACAAAAGAGGGUGGGAGGGUGGUAGUUCAGACAGAGCAGCUUUGGGAAUGAGUUAAAAGAGUUAAAUUUUGCAGGUUUGGCAGGAUAAUCCGGGUCAUUCAUGGGUUUACAGAUGUGUUUACAAACCUAAGGAAUAUUUAUCCAAAAGAGCCACCAAAAGGGCUGGGAAUGCCUGGACUCUGCCCAGCCCCAGCUGUGAGCUCACCAGGGACACAUGUGACAUCUGCCAAACUCUGGAUUUUGUGAUACUGAGAAGAGCCAGGUAUGAGCCAGGGAGUGUCCUGGAGCAUCUGAUAACUGGAAAAGGGGGACCCCAACCCCUCCUGACUGAGUUUCAGGGCAGCCCUGGCUGAGCUAGCUCCUCUCAAGGACCCUGAAGUUUCACUCUCUUGGCUGGUACUCAGGCAGAUUCUUUCCUCAGCCCUUUGUUAUGUGGAUAUUUGGGGUCUGAUUGUAUAGGACCAAAGGUGAAUGUGUCAGGAGGUGGUUUUUGGACGGAUCUGCUGCUAAAACAGUGAAAACUGCUUUGCCAAUUUGCCAACUGCUCCUGUCCAUGGAAACUGGCAGCACAUCCUUAAAUCCCAUUCCCCAAGCUGGUAGUGCCUUUGUUUGGAGAACCCGAGGGAUUUGCCCUGCGGGCAGGGAGAGUCCCUGUGACACCUUUAGGGUGGAUAUUUUGGAAUGUCUUUGGCUCCUUUCCUUUGGCUUGCAAACCCCCUGUGGAUCAGGGGCGGGGAUGACACCGGGAGAAGGGGAUGUGCUGAUCAGGGAGAGGCUGGGGGCUCCCGGGGCAGCUGUGAGAGCUGUGAUCUGUAUAAGCAGCCACCUUUGUUUGUUCAGGUGAGGUUUCCUGGAGAAAUCCCACCCCCAUGGCAGCUCUGUCUCACACGUGCACAGUUUUAAAAUACAUAUAUAUAUUUUUAAUAACCCUGCCGUGUGCACACAGUGCUUGGAUGUGUGGCCUGUUUUCCUGUUUGGAUUGUUCCACACCUGUUUUGGGCGUUUCCUGCUUGUUGUAGCUGCUGCAGAUGGGAGCAGGCAGAGGUUCCAUGAGGGAAUUGCUGGGAUGGUUCCACCCAGCUGCAGCUUCCCUGGGGAUGGUCAGAGCUCUGUGAUCCCUGGUCAAGGAUCUCUGGAUCCUGCAGAGCUGCAUGUGCUGGCAAUUCCUUGGCUCUUUUAUUAUUUUUUCCUCUGGAAAGUUGUUCUUUGUGCUGUUGAAGCCAGAUGAGCCUGACUGUCCAAUCCACUGCCAUGUUCAGUGUUUGACUAACACAUUCCUCAUCCUUCCUUUACCUGGAGUGAUGAACCUGAGCAUUCCUUAGGCUCCCCUUUUGUUGGACAGAUGGGGUUUGCAAUUCUCAAGUUUCCUCACCUUGCAGGAGUGGAGCAUUUGUUUAAUGUUAAAUGAUUUGGAUCAGAGGGAACCUCAAGCAGUAAGUCCUGCCCUGAAAAUAAUUCUGCUGGAAUUAAUUUUGGCUGGAACAGAUGUUUGUGUUUGAGCAGGGAAAGGUGUGGAGCAGGUAAUGAGGUGCCUGGGUUGUGCUGUGUAGGUACCAGGGAAGGGAAUUGAGGUGCCAGCCUGGAAUUUCUGCACCACUUCCAUGUUUUCAGAGUUCUGCUGACAACCUUUAGAGGGUACAGGGUACUAAGGUGCUUGUGGGGCUGUCACUUGUCCUGAUCUUGGGCUGUAAUCAGGGACCCUGUGAAGCUGCUUCCAUUUCCAUCUGCCCCUGGGCAGCAGUUGGCAUCUGGAUUUGCCCUUUGCAGGCCAUGACAUUCCAUCCCUGUUCUGCUCUGAGUCCUUGGAGUCUUUUCCAAGAGGAGAAAACCAAGUAACAGAUCAGAGACUCCUGGGGUGCUCAACAUGAUCCCAUUUCCCUGGGAAGAAUCAGCUGGAGCUGUCACUUCCGCAGUGUGAGCAGUGCCAGGCCAGGGAAGUGUUUUUGGGGUGAAUCUUGCAAAUAACAACAGCUUGAACCCCUCACAUGACAUUUCCACAAAGGAGCAGUUCAGGUGUUCCUUCCAUUACUCUUCCAGUUCCUCCACAUGCAUUUCAUACCCUUGUUUUAGGUCUCUUUGCACCAGUUGGAUCUUCCAGUAGCUUUCCAGUUUAAGUUUUUCAGGCUAAACACAGGAAUGCAGACAGACCCACCUGUCCUGGCCCUGGGCAGGCUGAUGCCUCACCAGCCACUGCUGCACUUUUCUUUCUCCUGGAUGUUGCUGGAGGCUCCAUGUGCCUGUUCUGCAGGAUUCCUGCUCAUCCCAGCCAGGAGGAGCCAAUGGACCUGUUACAGUCACCACCUGUGUUCAUCACAACUGGCUACAACAGUCUGCUCUGAGUUAAGCCAAAGCCAAUUUUCCAAAGUUUACAUAAUCCCUCUGUUGUCUUGGAGGCUUUCUGGGAUGCUCUGCUGCUGACACCAGGCUGCCCAAACCCACUGGGCCAUCUGCAGGGUUAAUGGGAUCCACGGGAGCAGGGUCAGGUCAGCUCUGUGGGUUUGGUUCUGUGCCUGGGGUGGGUCCUGCAGCUGAGUGCUGGGAGAGGGGCCAGUGGUGGGAGUCAAUAAACAGCAUUUGAGCA